AGCGGCAGCGCUCAGAGCGCGGGCCGACCCCAGCCCGGCUGCGGGCGGGAGGGCGCGCACGUGCGCGCGUACGCACGCACGCGCGCACGCACACCCUGGCCCUGGCGCCCCUCGUUCCCCUGCUACCAGACACGCGGUCACGUGGGGCCAUCGCGGGCUGCCGGCGCGGGAAGCCGCGCGAGAGCCAGCCGCGGGGUGCGUGAGCCGGCUCCACCGCUUGCUGUGCGCGGCUUGGGAGCCCGCCCCUCCUGCACGGAGGAGUCGGCUUGCCGCCGCGGGGGCAUCUGGAACCACAAUGGACACUGCCAGCCAUAGCCUUGUUCUUCUCCAACAACUGAACAUGCAGCGAGAAUUUGGUUUUCUUUGUGAUUGCACAGUUGCAAUUGGAGAUGUUUACUUCAAAGCCCACAGAGCGGUGCUUGCUGCUUUCUCUAACUAUUUCAAGAUGAUAUUUAUUCACCAAACAAGUGAAUGCAUAAAAAUACAGCCAACUGACAUCCAACCUGACAUAUUCAGCUAUUUGUUGCAUAUUAUGUACACGGGGAAAGGGCCAAAGCAGAUUGUGGAUCAUAGUCGUUUGGAGGAAGGGAUUCGAUUUCUUCACGCCGACUACCUUUCUCACAUUGCAACUGAAAUGAAUCAAGUAUUCUCACCAGAGACUGUGCAGUCCUCAAAUUUAUAUGGCAUUCAGAUCUCAACAACCCAAAAAACAGUUGUGAAACAAGGACUGGAGGUCAAAGAAGCUCCUUCUAGCAACAGUGGAAACAGAGCUGCUGUCCAGGGUGACCACCCCCAGUUACAGCUGUCUCUUGCUAUUGGUCUGGAUGAUGGCACUGCAGACCAGCAGAGGGCCCAUCCUGUCACCCAGGCCCUGGAGGAGCACCAGAAGCCCCCAGUUUCCAUCAAGCAGGAGAGAUGUGACCCAGAAUCUGUGAUCUCCCAGAGCCACCCCUCACCCUCAUCAGAGGUGACAGGCCCCACUUCUACUGAAAACAGUAUUAAAAUACACUUAUGCCAUUACUGUGGGGAACGUUUUGAUUCCCGUAGUAACCUAAGGCAACAUCUCCAUACACAUGUGUCUGGAUCCCUGCCAUUCGGUGUCCCUGCUUCCAUUCUGGAAAGCAAUGACCUUGGUGAAGUGCAUCCCCUUAAUGAAAACAGCGAGGCCCUUGAAUGCCAUAGGCUCAGCUCCUUCAUUGUUAAGGAGAAUGAACAGCAGCCAGACCACACCAACCAGGAUACCACAGAGCCUUUGCAGAUCAGUCAAGUAUCUUUGAUCUCCAAAGACGCAGAGCCAGUAGAAUUAAACUGUAAUUUUUCUUUUUCAAGGAAAAGAAAAAUGAGCUGUACCAUCUGUGGUCAUAAAUUCCCUCGAAAGAGCCAAUUGUUGGAACACAUGUAUACACACAAAGGUAAAUCUUACAGAUACAACCGAUGCCAAAGGUUUGGUAAUGCAUUGGCCCAGAGAUUUCAGCCAUACUGUGACAACUGGUCUGAUGUCUCCCUGAAAAGUUCUCGCUUGUCACAAGAACACUUAGACUUGCCUUGUGCCUUAGAGUCAGAGCUUACACAAGAAAAUGUGGAUGCUAUCCUAGUUGAGUAGCAGCUUCUCUUUCAGAAUUUUUAUACCAAUUCUGAAAAAGAAAAUUCGCAUAGCAUUUUUUAUUCAUUAAUUAUUUUCCUCCUCGUUUCGUUGACUUUUUUUCUUCACAGCUUAUCCAUGGUUUUAAGGUUGUAUAUAUUAGAUCUUCUCAUAAGACAUAUUAAUAUGUGUCUGUUAAAAUGUAACAUUCAGUUACUACUGUGAACUUUUCACAAAUGAAAUUACAAUUUAGAAAUCAGAAACCAAUGUAGAAAUAUGGAAACUUUAAAUAGUUAUUUAUAGAAUUUCUAAGUUUUUCCAGUUACAGAAUCAGUAAAAUCAAAUUGAAUAUAAAGUAAAUGAAAUCUGUUUUAAAGCAUAUUCUAAACUAUCACUUCUGCCUACAUUUCACGUGAAUUCACUCCUACAAGGAUUAUUUUUAAAUAUUUUCUUCCAUAUAGGAAAUUAAUACUUAUUUUAAUGCAUAACUAUAUGUUAUACAUAUGUUAUAAUGUAUAAAAAUUUAUUUUAAGAUAUACCA